AAGAAAAGGAACCCCGCAACCCGGAAAUGUAUACCAACCGUGUUUCAGUUUUCAUCUCCUGACUCUUAGCAAUAUACCAGGGUUAGAAUGGAGAACUUUUGAGACCUAGGGAGGUUUUCUCGUUGUCCUUAGACGCAAGUGCGGUGGUCGGACGCGUGGCAGGAGAGCCAUGGAGGUGGCGAAGUACGUUUAAUUGUCGGGACGGAGCUGCCGAUGCACGAUGAUCCCUGUGUCACUGCUGGUGUGCGUGCUGGCUGGCUGGUGCGCCGUGUACCUAGCGGACACACUGCUCCGGUCGUCACAGACGCAUCGGUUUGGCUAUGAGUCCUGGCUGGCCAGACGAGGUCUGAUGCUGUCCCCGUUCCAUGUGAGGUGGCAGACGACCAUUUUCAACCGGCUGUUUGCAUACUGCGCACGUAUUCAUCCGCGUGCGCUCUACCUGUGGUUCAGCAGUGGUCUGGUGUUUGGUGUAGUGGCCAUGCUGGCGUCGGUGGUGCUUCUGGUGAAGACGCUUCAGCAGACCCUUGCUCAGAUGACCACAGACAAUCCGCGCAUCGGAGCGCAGCAGGCCCUGCAGGUGGUGGUCCCUGGUGUCAACUUACCCACAAGUCAUCUGGCGUACUUCUUCCUCGCUCUGUUGCUCAGCGGCGUCAUACAUGAGCUAGGCCACGCGGUGGCAGCACUGAGGGAGCAGGUGCGCGUGAACGGCUUCGGCAUGUUCGUGUUCGUGGUGUACCCCGGAGCCUUCGUGGACCUCUUCACCACGCACCUCAACAUUGUGUCGCCCGCCCAGCAGUUGCGCAUCUUCUGUGCCGGAGUGUGGCACAAUUUUAUGUUGUGCGUGCUGGCGUUGGCGUUCCUCUUUCUGUUGCCGCUUUUCCUGCUCCCGUUUUACUCGAGCGGCGGGGGGGCGCUGGUCACCGAGGUGGUGCAGGGCUCGGCGGCCGACGGGCCAAGGGGCCUCUCGGUGGGGGAUCUUGUGACGGGCCUGGAGGAGUGUCCCGUUGCGGUUGUGGAGGACUGGAACAGCUGCCUCUCUCACCUCGCUCACGCGCCACAGACGGGAUACUGCGUGCCCGCCGCCAGCCUGCAGCCCAGUUGGGCCCACGGACGAGCAUUCAAGCGCCUGGACGGGACGAUGGACUGCUGCAGCAACAAUAGCCUGACGGACCUUUGCUUCUCUUACAUCAAACCGCACACUUCUGAGAGAGAGCAGUAUGCCUGUAUGCCGGUGCGCAAAAUGGUGACGGGCACGCAGGUGUGCCGCAGCGACCGCGACUGCGACGCCGAAGGCGGCCCCGGCGUCUGCGUGACUCCCUCCCUGCAGAACCAGACCCGCUUCAUCCGGGUGGCGCACCCACCUGAGGCCCACAUGCUGUUUGUGGGCUACCCACCGCAUCUCCAGCAUGCCGUGAGUCUGACCAACUUUGUGCCUCGCGUUGGUUUCCUCCACUUUGACCUGCCCGUCUUCUUGGAGACAUUCUGCAAGUACGUGUUUUCCCUUUCGGGCGCCUUGGCGGUGGUCAACUCGGUGCCGUGCUUCGCUCUGGAUGGUCAGUGGAUGCUCAAUGCCUUGCUGGAGGCCACCCUGACGGGCCUGGUGCCGGACCGGCAGAAGCGCGAGCUGCUGGGCUUUUUCUUGCUGUUGGCCGGCAGCACCCUGCUGGCUGCCAACGUGGCGUUGGGUCUGUGGAUGGUGACGGCGCGGUAACAAAGAAACUGAAAUUGUGCCAGUUGGACCGGCAAACUGUGACGAGACUGCAUUACUCCGGAUGCCCUCCAGGUUUGCCUUUUAAGCUGUCACUCAUCCACUUGAGACCAAAAAAAAGUGCACUCAUAGUUGUUUACAUCUGCUUGAACGAUGUGAACUCAUUAUCAUGUUUAAUGAGGAUGACCUGCUAAUUUAUACAUGUAUUGUUUUUUAAACUGGCACCAAGGAUGUUAAUUCUGGCUUUAUGACUGGAGGUUGUUUUGCAUCAUAUUUGACUGUUUGUGUACAAGUCCCUGUCAACACUUUUGGGUAUGCAAUGGCACCUUGAAAAAUCACAGACACAAGCCACUGAUAGGCCAAGAUUAUUUUCUCCCCCAAUUUGACUUGUGAACGGUCACCAUACGCGUGCUGUACGGUUGCCGGCGCCUCAAUUCACUUCACCAUAAGCUGCAGUUUGAUAGAUAGGAAUUGUAAAGACAGUAUUCUUGGGGUGGGGCUCAAAGUUGCUCAUUGCCACUCUCCGCCGAAUGCAACAGUAAAAAAAACAGAAAAAUCAUUCCAUGUCACGUAUUUUAAACAAACUACGUCGUCUCCGCUAGCUUAAUGUUAACCCACACCAAGAAACGUGGGCUAACGGUUAGUAAUGUGGCGGCGGUGUUAGUUUUUAAGCAACAGGCACCGAAAGAUAACGUCACAACACUCAGCGGGAUAUAUUCUUUAUCUCCUGCGAAGAAUAACUCCAUAUUAAUGCCGCACUGAGAAGCAGAGAAAGGAGCUGACUCUCCACUACAAUGUAUCCAUAUGUCUGUCUUCUACUGGCCCCAGAUGGCCAAUGCAAACACCACCCCUGUAUUAGAUUUAAUGGGCAAAAACAACAAAAAAUAAACAUAUCUGUCAAGUUACAGUCAAUUCAACAAACUGAAUCAAGCGUUGCCAAAUAUUGCCAGCUCUCCUUUGAACGUGUAAAAAUCCAUUCCAAUACACAAAAUCUCAACAGUUCAGGUCGUCAUUGCCAGAGUACACAUUUGGAAACAGUUUUAGGCCCGGGAUUGAUUCCACAAACGGAAAAACGCCUUGACGGAAGUCUGCCCUCAUUGAAGUCUGCGUGUACUGUGUUUUUUGCUGUUCAAAACCUGGAAUAAAGUGCUGCCAUUGUUUUCCAGUU